GAUCAGAUAUGGAGUUGUUGCCUGCCAACUGCUCCAUAAAAGUGACAUAAACUUACAGCAUUAAACAAGUUAAGUCAGAUGUAAUCCAACCGCUUUUAUUAUUUCUAAACGUCGAAAAUAAUUCAGUGAAGCUACCUUAAUUAAUUAGCUUUUGUGUGUGUAAAAGACUAGGCUUUAGGAAAAUGGGAGAAGAGAGUAUUGCUAUUGCUAAUCUUCCUAUCAUCGACUUAUCGUCGCCUGAUCUUGACACUACUGCUGCCACACUUCGCCAGGCAUGUAUCAACUUUGGCUUCUUCUACAUAGUGAACCAUGGAGUUGACAAAGAAAUGUUUAAGAGAUUAUUUGAGGAAAGUAAGAAGUUCUUUACACUUCCUUUGGAAGAAAAGAUGAAAGUGGCUCGCAAGGGAAUUUGUGGAUAUACACCUUUAUAUCAUGAGAAGUUGGAUACCGCCAGUGCUACCAAAGGUGACUCAAAGGAGUUUAUGGACAUUGGUCCGUUUCAUGAUAAAGACAACGAUUUGAACCAGUGGCCUUCUAAAGAGCUUCUUCCAAAUUGGAGACCAACCGUGGAAGCUUACCAUGAUAAAAUUUUGACUGCUGGUAAAAGAUUAUAUUCACUUCUUGCUCUGGCCUUGAACCUAAGUGAGAACUAUUUUGAGGACAUUGGAGCUCUGGAUCCACCUAUGCCUUUCAUUCGCCUCUUACGUUACCCAGGGGACCUAAGUUAUUAUACUGAUGAAGUUUUAGGAGCUUCUGCUCACUGUGAUUAUGGAAUGAUGACUUUACUAGCAACCGAUGGUGUUCCUGGACUGCAGGUUUGCCGGGAAAAAGAUCGCCAACCUCGUAUUUGGGAGGAUGUUCGUCAUAUUGAGGGGGCUUUAGUUGUCAACAUUGGUGACCUUACUGAGAGGUGGACCAAUAAUGUUUUUAGGUCAACAUUGCAUAGAGUGGUGCCAACGGGACAAGAACGUUACUCUGUGGCUUUCUAUCUUGAUCCAUCGCACGAUCUUAUAGUGAAGUGCUUAGAAACUUGUUGCAAUGACUCAAAUCCUCCAAGAUUUCCUCCAUUUCGCUAUAUUGAUUACCUUCUAGAACGCUUCAAGGGCACAUUUGAAGCUUGAAGUUACACGGAAUAUAUCAUGUAAAUAAAGCCUUAGAAUUUACAAGGAUAGAUUAUUAUUAUUAUGUAAAAACGCUUUGGAAAGGGUGUUAAAUAGCUUUGUCUCUUUGAUGUUAAGGGCUUUGAUGAUUUUCUCUUGUUUGUUUGAUGUAAAAUCCUGCUAUGCUCAUGCAUGUCUCAAACGUGAUUUGCGAAGAACACACUUCGUUUUUUCAAGUUCAA